UUUCACGAAUUUGGACAUAAAUUAAAGAAAGGGACUUUUAUAUUGCUUCUUGGAGCCGGUCGUGCAGUGACGUCAUAAGAAGUGAGCGGCUCUCGUCUGUCGGUGGAGAGAGAGAAGAUUGAGGUAGAUGCUGAAGAAACAAUCUUAAAUGACACAAUCUUCAGUGAAGUCACCAUCAGACCAGUUCAUCUAUAAAUACUGUGAAGAAGUCAAACAAGCAGCUGCUGUCACAACACAUUCAACUACUCUACUAUUCUGAUCCACUGUUGUAAUGAUGGAGUGUGUUAAAGAGGAGACUGAUCCUGAAUCAUUCACAAUAACACCUCAACAUACUCAACAACAAAGAGGUUUGUCUCUAAUCUCAAUGACUGAGAAAGAGCAUCUUAAGGAACAUAAAGUAAGUCACAUUGGUAAGAGGACCCUUGCAUGCCCUCAAUGUGGUAAACGUUUUAAAAGACAAACACAUCUUAAUGCUCACAUAAAGACUCACACUGGAGAAAUGCCCUACAGCUGCCCUCAAUGUGGAAAGACUUACAGAAAUAAAGGAUGCCUUAAGGAACAUUUAAUGAGACACACUGGUGGGUGGUGCUUCACCUGCCCUCAGUGUGAUAAGGGGUUUAUACGAAAAAGAAAUCUUAAAGUUCACAUAAUAAAGACUCACACUGGAGGAAGGCCAUACAGCUGCCCUCAUUGUGAAAAGACUUACAAAUGUAAGGGGGAUCUUAUGAGACAUAUAGUAACUGACACAAAUGAGAGGACCUUUGCAUGCCCAAAGUGUGAUAAAGCUUUUUUACGACAAAAAUAUCUUCAUGUUCACAUAAAGACUCACACUGCAGAAAAGACAUACAGAUGCCCUCUGUGUGAAAAGAUUUUCAAAUCUAAAGAGUCCCUGAAAGAACAUAAAAUGAGUCACACUAACCAAACGCCUUUCUCUUGUCCUCAAUGUAGAAAGAGUUUUAGACAUAGACGAAACCUUAAUAGUCACAUGAGGAUUCACAGUGGUGAUGGGCUUUACACCUGUCCUCAUUGUGUGAAGAGUUUCACAAGAAAAGCACAUUUAGAGUGUCACAUACGAGUUCACACUGGAGAGAAACCUUUCAAGUGCCCUCAGUGUGACAAGAGUUUUACACAACGUGGAUCUCUUCUGUAUCACAUACGAAUUCAUACAGGUGAGAAGCCUUUUUCAUGCCAUCUGUGUAAUAACCAUUACACACAGGCACGAAGUCUCAAAAAUCAUCUGCUGUCUGACCAUUCUGUAGAAAACUCCUAAAAGUGUUCACAUUGUGGAAAGAGUUUUAUUGAGUCUGUGACGCUGAUAAAACACAAGUGACUGUAUACUGGAGAGAAGCUGCACCGCUGUCAUUCAUGUUGGAGAAGUUUCAGAUGAUCACACAGCUGCAAGCACAUGAAGUGAAAUGAAGAUAAACCUCACGAUUGAAUUACUCCAAAACAUAUUAAUUUUAAUGCAUUACAUGAAGUGGUGAAAUUUGUUCCUUGUGUUAACAAUUCAAAAGUCAUUGGUUCAAUCCCAGGAUCACACAUUCUGAUGAAAUGUAUUGUAACUUGCUUUGGAUAAAGAUGUCUGCAAAAUGCAAUAAAAUGUAAAAAAUUCAGGAUAUAUUAUUUGUUUAUGUUGGAGUAGCAGUAGGCCUACUAUUAGAUUUGCACUCAUGUCAUUUGAAGUAAUUUGUUAAAUGAUGGUAACAAUAUAAUGUAACAAUAUUAUCUCCAUUCAUAUACUUAAAAUUUUUUGUUAAUCAUGGAUAUGAUGGAAAGAAAAUUAACAUUUUUGUGACUGAAGUGAGAUUAUUAAAGGAAUCAUUUGACCAAAACUGAAAAUUGUAUUAUUAUUCUCUCAUAAGCCAGUGCUUCACAUGUUAGAUGUCUCCAUUAUCAGAUCCUAUUCAGGUCUUACAGUAUGUACAACGUGAAAAAAAUAUUUAUGAACCUCUCUUUUAUGUUGUUUACUCUUAUCUUUAACAUAAUUUCUACUUUGAGCAUAGCUUUUUUGUACUAUGAUUAUUGUUGUCGUGUUUGUUUAAAGUGCAGACAGCAAACAAUAAAAAUAUGAUGUUUGGCA